CAACCAAGCCCUCUUUAAACAGUUUCUGUUUCAACGGGAACAUUUAUUUAGUCCCUGCUGCGCUUCAUGUCCUGUUUACUUUCUUUUUUUAGGGACUCAUUAAAUUAGAGGUGAGGUUUGUUGUAUAAAAGAGGGGACAGGUGGAAACCGCUAUAAACAAGGAGCUGUUAGAUAAGUGUCUCUUAACGGACUCGUUACUUUGCUUCACGGCGGACGGGAUGUUUGUAAUGACAAGACGUUCAAGUGAGGGCUUGCUUUGAAAGUGAAGGCAGGAAAUAACGCACGCAGCCCCGCUCAAUGGCACAUUGUGCGCAACAGGGAAGUGAACCUCGGCUGCUUUUCUGCACUGCUGAAAGUUCUCUACCCUGUUCUCGAAGUUAACUUUCUCUACGUCACAAAUAAGGAAAGAAGGAAACCCGCCUUUACAGCUUUUAGAAGAAACGACGUCGGAUCUUAAAGCGAGUUCUUGAUGCAGAAGUGCUAGAAAAGGAGGAUGGUCGGAGUGUAGGAGAUCUUUUGAGAAGGGAGAGAAGGAAAAGGCGACGACGAAAACUGUUUCUACACCCAAGCUUUACGAAAGAACUGCCUAAUUAUGGCCCAGUGGUUGGAGAUGAGUUAUGUCCUGACUAACAUGGACGAUGAGCGAAUCAACGCGCUCUAUCCGCCAGACACCUUCCCGAUUGAAAUCAGGCAUUAUCUUUGCCAAUGGAUGGAAGAAAAAGAUUGGGAAGGCUUCAACCCAGACCAGUCGGACAAAGAGCAGCUCGCGCAGGCUUUACUGAGCGAUUGUAUCCUCCUUUUAGAAUCUGUUGCUGAGCAGCAGAAUAUAGUGGAGAGGAUGAAGCUGUUGCAGAUAACGAAGAACUUGAUGACUCGGCCAGCUAUGGAGUUUGCUGUGAAGAUCAGAAACAUUCUCAGGCAGGAGAAGAUGAUACUCUGUGAGAGGCACACCCCAAAACGGACAGAAGGAAAGACUCCUGACUUUGAGGAUUUGACUUUCAUGAAGAGUAUAGUGCUUCAGCUCCAGGACCGCAGAAAAAGAAUCCACAGCUGUAAAGAGGAUAUGAACUGGGAGAUGGUAAACUAUGAAGCUUUGCAAGCCGUUCAUGCAAAGACUCCAUCAGAACAUUCACUCAGAGAACUACAGAUGCUCUCGAAGAAAAUCCAGCAGCUCAAGAUAAAUCAAAGCAGUCUAAUCCGGGAAUGUUUGGGGGUGUUCACAGAGACUCUGACCAAGCUGAAACAGUGUCAGGAUAAUUUCAUCAUAAAGAUGAAUGUAUGGCAGUGGGAGCAGCACAAAUCCGUUAUAGGAUAUCCUUUCACUGAUGACCUCAGCCAUCUGCAGAACUGGUCCGAACAGCUGUUUGCGGUGAACAGCAACCUUAGACAGGAGUGGCUGCUGAUCCCUGAUCUUCCAAAGGAAAUCGGAGAAAAACUGACAUGUCUUCUUCAGGAACUGAUUCAGAGCUCUUUCGUUGUGGAAAAACAACCCCCUCAGGUCAUUAAAACUCAGUCAAAGUUCUCAGCAGUUGUGAGAUAUCUGCUGGGGGAAUCAUUGGUGUCUGGGCAGCCUGUGACAAUGAAGGCACAAAUUAUUAAUGAACUCCAAGCCAGAAACGUGAACCUUGCAUUGUGUGACAAUGUCGGAGAACUCAUAAACCACACAGCAAUCCUGGAUAGAAACACAGCCACAAAGACCACAAAUGCCAACUUCAGACACAUGUCCAUUAAAAAAAUAAAGCGAGCAGACCGAAAGGGAGCCGAAUCUGUGACAGAGGAGAAGUUUGCGCUGAUGUUUCUUGCAGAAAUUUUCAUCACAGGUCAUGAGACUCCUUUCAAGAUACACAUAAACUCUCAGCCUGUGGUCGUCAUUGUUCACGGCAGUCAGGACAUCAACGCAGUGGCCACCAUCAUCUGGGAUUGUGCGUUUGCUGAACCAGACCGAGUACCCUUUGUCGUCCCGGACCGUGUGACUUGGAAGAUGAUGAUUGAAACUCUGAAUGUUAAAUUUUGCUCAGAGGUCGGGACAAAUCACCACCUGAAUCCCUACAACAAGCACUUCUUAGCUCAGAAGAUCUUUGACCAGCCUGAAUAUGCGAGUGACUUAAGUGACUCUGUGGUUACUUGGUGCCAGUUUAAUAAAGAGGUCCUCGCGGGUCGAAAUUUCACUUUCUGGCAGUGGUUUGAGGGAGCAAUGGAUCUAACCAAGAAACAUCUGAAGCCCUACUGGAGCGAUGGGCUGAUUUUUGGUUUCAUUGGAAAGCAACAUGUCCACCUGAUUCUGAAAGAGUCUCCCAGCGGGACUUUCCUCCUUCGCUUCAGUGACUCAGAAAUCGGAGGCAUCACCAUUGCUUAUGUAUCUCAUGAGAAUGGGAUACCGAUGAUUCAGAACAUUCAGCCUUUCACUAGGAAAGAUCUUGAGAUACGCUGCCUCGGUGACCGCAUUCGAGACAUCAAUGAGAUCUUGUACCUGUAUCCAAAUGUGCUCAAACAUGAUGCUUUCAAAAAGUUCUACACAGAGCAACAGCCCACCAAUUCGGGCUACAUUCCCGUAAGUCUGCAGACUAAAGUUGGCACGGUACCAGAGAUUGAUGGAAAUCAUGUCAGUGGUGAACUGAGCGCGCUGAAUGUCGAAGACACCUACUCAUUAGAUGCAUUACCAGACUUGACUGUCCUCUCCAUGGAAGCACACUGCGACCCCGUUCCCGCAGAUGGCAUGGAUUACGACUUUUAUUUCAAUGAUUUUCCUAAGAACUCUACUUGAUAUUAGAGACCAAGGCAGAUGCAAAGUCAAGACUCAAGACUAACUCAUCGUUUAUGACUCAAGUGAUUGUGCUGUUUUCUUCAUCGGGAUCUACAGUUUGAUUUGAUUGUAAAUAGAAACUUUUUAGGGCUAGAAUUAGCCUUUUCAGGGCAUUUUAGGCCAUUUUAAAAUGGCCACCCUUCUCAAUUGAAUAUGGCAAUUAACUAAUUAUGAGUUCAGUAUCGGGCGAGCAUCAGUUUAAAGUGUCCAGCAGCAGGAUUUUUAGCACUACAGGGCUAAAAAGGGCUAGAGAUUUCCUAAAUGUUGAGGUGUAAGCUAAUUUAAGCGUUUUAGUCCAAAAAAUAGUAAUUUUAAUAACAUGCGUUCUUGUCACAAAUAUUAUUCUAG